CUGUUACUCAAAUUGUCCUCCGAAGCAGAGCAGCGGUAUCCGACUAACCCGCUGGUUACGCGGGAUAUCGGUGAAGAGGCAAUAUCCCGAGCAGAAGCAGUUGGAUACAAUUUCAGGCGGUGUAGAGGGGUAACAACAACAGAUUACCCCCCAAUCCUAGUGGCUUGAUUGCGCUCAUAGUAGGCUGCGCAGAUCUGGCACGGGGCGGGUUAUGUGUCACUCACUUCACGCCUCCCUGAAUAGAUCGAAUCGAAGGGCUGAGGACGCGCGUGUUCAAGCAGAAGGAGAAACCAGCAUCACAACACCGUUAUACUCAUAGCUCCGAACCAACCACAGACCGAAUGUGGAAGGGAAGAACUUGACGCCAAGAACCAUAAAUGAACCACGGAUUAUCAUUUCAAUUUUAAUCCGAAAUAGAGUGUACUGAAUCGCCGGCAAAUAGACAGAUUUGGGUGAAAGGUGUAUGGACGUGGUGCUAAAGAGGAAUUGACGGGAAAACCCGCGGUCAGCACACCAAUUUGUUGGAGGGGAGAAUAUAGGACUGCCUACAGAGCAGAAGCGGACUGGAGAGAGAGAGAGAGAGAGGGAGGACGGAGUGCAGUGAAGUGAGUAGAUUGUGGUUUCUCCCGUUGCUCCACGUAGAGCUGUCAUGUUCGCUGGCUGUUCAAAGAGGGAUUAAAAUGACGCAUGUUAUGCAGAGCUCCAAACUGUCAUACACGUUGAUGCAGUCAGUCACGAGAUGUGCAGCAGGGGGAGCUGAGCCUCGACCCGGGCAGUGAACAGUGUAAAGGUGCGCAGCAGUGACAGGGAAUCCGUCUGGAUUUAACGCACGAUAUUUUGUGAACAGUGGGGAUAUUAAAGUUGCAUUCGUGUCUUUUAUUUAUUUAGAUUAUUCCUAAUUUAUUCAUCACAAAAGGGGGUUCGUUGGGGAAACGCACCAUUGAACAAAGGAUUUAGGAGAAACGACAACUGUAACCCAAUUCUGCCAUUCUGAGUGCGUCUUCCUUCUGGCGUGUCAAAUCGGGACAGUUACCAGAAGAUAAAAAGUACGGUUGAAUACAGAGUGUUCUCUGUCUGGUUCCUAACCCGGGAGAGGGUUGAACACAGAGUUUUAUCUCUCCUAACCCAGGACCUCGAGGGUUGAAUAAUUCGGUCGGGGGCGCAGAGCUGAUCCACAGCCGUGGGAAUGUGGGUGGAAAGUGUAAACGCAAACGAAGCAGGAGGGCUUCAACUCUAAAAUGUGACUUUUUCCCAAUACAUCCCCGCUAUACAAGUGACACGUGCAUUCUGCAAUCGUUUCCAUCGGAUUUGGUUACGUCGCACAAGAGAUGGCGUUCUUCCCUGUCCUCCUCCUCCUCUCCGUGGUCCAGCGUGGUUCCUCCCAGGACCCUGAUGAGGACACGUUGGCAGUGCCCCGGGGGUGUGGCUGGGGCCUGGUGCGCCCCUACACCCUCCUCUGUGACCUGGACUCUGUUUGGGGCGUGGCGGUUGAAUCUGCAGCGGCCGGCGGCGCCCUGGCUGCCAUUUUACUGGGCCUGAUCAUCCUCUGCCGACUACACCACGUGAGCGAGGCGGAGAAGCGCAGCGGCGUGGGACCCAUUCUCCUCCUGCUCCUGGGCAUCCUGGGCCUGUUCGGCCUCAGUUUCGCCUACCUCAUCGAGCGUGACGAACAGCUGUGUCUUCUGCGCCGUGCCCUCUGGGGCCUGCUCUUCGCCCUGUGCUUCUCCUGCCUGCUGGUGCAGGGUGUGCGGCUCCGGAGGUUGGGCAGCGAGCGCCGGAGCCCGGGGGGCUGCACUCUGACCGGCCUGGCCCUGGGGCUGAGCGCCGUCCAGGGGAUCAUCGCCGCCGAGUGGCUCCUGCUCACGGUGCUCAGGGAGGGCAGAGCGGCCUGCCAGUACCUGCCUCUGGACUUCUCCUUAGCCUGUAGCUAUGUGCUUGCGCUACUGCUAGCCGCGCUGGGGGCGGCCUCCUUCGCUCUCUGUGGGAAGACCCGGCAGUGGCGCUGUAACGCGGUCUGGCUCCUCUCCGCCUGUCUGUUGUCCCUCCUCCUCUGGGUUGCCUGGGUGGGCUUCUAUCUCUACGGUAACGCCUGGCUGGGGCGGUCCCCGGACUGGGACGAUCCAGCAUUGGCGAUAGCACUGGUGGCACAGGGUUGGCUCCUCCUCCUGUUCCACGCCGUGCCCGAGGCACACUCCUGUCUCUGCUCCCCGCCACAACCCUCCGCCCCUGACUAUUUUGACACGUCCCAGGCCCCGUCCCGCAUGAGGGAGACCAGCUUCGACGAGGACAUCCCCCUCUCACACAGGCAGUUUCCGGAGAACCAGGGCUACGGCUUUGACGAAAACACUGCAGGUCUGAGGAGUGCAGGUCAUCAUAAUGGUAACACAGCGCCCAGACCCAGUGCCCCCUUCCGCAGCAACGUGUACCAGCCCACUGAGAUGACCAUGAUCCUGAAUGGGGGAGCGGUGAGUUCUCAUAUUGUCCCCUCCGCACCCCCGACCUAUACGGGGCGUCAGCUGUGGUGAAGGACAGAGAUGAAGAAGAAGAGGAAGGAAGAAUGGGGUGAUGAAGAAGGGAUGAAGGGUCCUUGGACAGAGGAAUAACCCAGAGAGGAUAACUAUAACAUGGACACCAUCAGGACCCCCCCCCCCCCCCCCCCCCCCAGAUCUCUAUGUGCGUAUGGGGACAGACAGUUAAACAGAUGACUUACAGAGGGCUUACACACACCACCCACCCUGUGUUAAUCAAAUACACCAACCAACCACUGAAUGAGUGUGACUGAGGGGGAGAGCAGGUAUGGAGGACAGAUCAAAACAUUACAGGUAGUUUUGAAGUUAAAUCACUGUAGGAGAUAUUCAACUUAAAAACAACCCUAUUUUGGUUGCAAAUGCUGUGGAGACCAUUUUCAUCUGGGAGAUGUGAGGUUUGAAAUGUUGACUGUCAGGUUUCUUUUGUAUGAGUCAAGUUUACCCCCACGAGACUACUAAGCCACUGUAUAACUUCUGAAAAACUGUGAAACCUCUCUCCCUUUUGAGAUAUUUGCUCUGUUUUUGUUGUUUAUUUUGGGAGAAACUCUUCUAAAGCAGAAUGUUUUGUUCUGUCCUCCAUCCUCCUGUAGGUACGGUACCUUACAGACCUGUACCUCACCACAGAAUAACACACGGACAAGUAUGGCUUAAACUCCAACCUCUCUAGCCAGUGUUCUGUCCUCCAUCCUCCUGUAGGUACGGUACCUUACAGCCCUGUGCCUCACCACAGCCCCUCACACAAUAGAAUAACACACGGACAAGUAUGGCUUAAACUCCAACCUCUCUAGCCAGUGUGUGCCUACAGGUAACUGUCAAAAUACAGGAAACACCAACAUAAAGUGUCUUAAUAGGGUGUUGGGCCACCAUGAGAACAGCUUCAAUGCACCUCGACAUAGAUUCUACAAGUGUCUGGAACUCUGUUGGAGGCAGGCGACACCAUUCUUCCAUGAGAAAUUCCAUAAUUUGUUGUUUUGUUGAUGGUGGUGGAAACACUGUGUCAGACAUCACUCCAGAAUCUCCCAUAAGUAUUCAAUUGGGUUGAGAUGUGGUGACUGAGAUUUGGUUUACAUCGUUUUCAUGCUCAUCAAACCAUUCAGUGACCACUCGUGCCCUGUGGAUGGGGGAAUUAUCAUCCUAAGGGGGGAUAGUUAUGGUAGCCAAAAUAAUUGCCUGCUCAGCAUUUUUAUACCUGACUCUAAGAAUGAUGGGAUGUUAAUUGCUUAAUUAAUUCAGGAACAACACCUGUGUAGAAGCACCUGCUUUCAAUAUCUCAUUUUAGGGAUGGGCAUUUGAAAUACUUUCACUAUUCAAAUAAAAUCAUGAUUUUUGUAGGGGAUAUCUGGAUAGUCGAGUUGUUUAAACUUGGGAAUUAGAUUGCUGUGCAGCCUAUGCUACUUGCGUCCUGCUUGCUUGCGUGUGUGAUUGGCAGGUGCCAGUGAGUUUUUCGAGAGAGAGAGUAGCCAUACAGACUAAUUAAACACAUUUGUAGAUUCCAUAGGUUAUCCAUCAUCCCAUCUGGUAGUGCCUGUCUUGUAUGUAUCAAAUCAAUCUAAAGAAGCUAGCUAUGUUAGCCAGCUAUAUUAGCCAGCUAGCUAGCUACCUAGGCUAAAAGUACUUAAGGUUAUUUUGCUGUGCUUCCUGUCCUUGUCUACAAUAACUCCAUUCAGAUUAAACAACAGCUCACCUGAUGGUUUCUGGUAGUUGUAGCCUACUCCUUCUCAUUUAACUAACUAAAUUCUGUCAUUUUAAUUCCAUUUUGCAUUGAUUAGAGAUCUCCCACGUUACUUACUACACACGGAGCCACUGAGUGUAGAUGGUGCCACAUUGAUUGGCCGACAAUAACACACACGUGAAACCCGUGUAGGCUACUAUGGUAUGUACUUUAUGUCAUAAAACUACAUUCAAAAUAUAGUUUUAUUGAAUUAAGAAUUUAAAAUGUCAUGGCAUAUCCUUGUGUGUAGCAUUGUCUCAUAAAUAAUUACAUUUAGACAAAGCCUUUUCAUUGUUAAAAUAGACUAAAAAUGAAAACUCUCACAAGUAUUCAAAUACUAACGUCCAUUUGGAUAUUUGAAUAUCUGAAUAAGCGUGCCCAUCCCCACCUCAUUUACUCAAGUGUUUCCAUUAUCUUGUCAGUUACCUGUGUAUAUAUGUGUGUGUACCUCAUCUUUACUGGCUCUACUCCAAGACUCUGGACCCCCCCCCAAAAAAUACUCCUUGCACCAAGAAUCACUACUACUGAGUAACCUGGACUCAAUUUUACUGAGUAACCUGGACUCACCUCUACUGAGUAACCUGGACUCACCUCUACUAAGUAACCUGGACUCACCUUUACUGAGUAACCUGGACUCACCUCUACUGAGUAACCUGGACUCACCUCUACUGAGUAACCUGGACUCACCUCUACUGAGUAACCUGGACUCACCUCUACUGAGUAACCUGGACUCACCUCUACUGAGUAACCUGGACUCACCUCUACUGAGUAACCUGGACUCACCUCUACUGAGUAACCUGGACUCACCUUUACUGAGUAACCUGGACUCACCUCUACUGAGUAACCUGGACUCACCUUUACUGAGUAACCUGGACUCAACUCUACUGAGUAACCUGGACUCACCUCUACUGAGUAACCUGGACUCACCUUUACUGAGUAACCUGGACUCACCUCUACUGAGUAACCUGGACUCACCUCUACUGGGUAACCUGGACUCACCUCUACUGAGUAACCUGGACUCACCUUUACUGAGUAACCGGGACUCACCUCUACUCAUCUCGUCUUUCCACUUGUCUAACCCCAAACUGUGAACCCACCCAGGCUGCGGUCCAACUAACCAUAACGACAAUAUGACCGCAAACUACUAUACACCUAUCCAGCUCACCUAGCACCUGGCGGACAGAGCUAAGCUUCUACUGGACGAACAGUAGGAACCGGGGGAAUCCGGGGAUGCUGAUUGGAUGGACAGGAUGUCAGUCAGUGAGGAGGGUAUCUUGAUUGGACAGACAGGGUGUCAGACAGGGACUGUGUAUAUAGGUCAGACAGGCUGUGUUUUCCCACCAUGUUCUCCUGUGACCACAGAGACUUUCUGAACCAGCAGGACUGAACCAACUGUCCCUUUAUAUCAGAGAGAAAUGGGUCGGCGGGGAGGAGAUGGACUUCCCUUUUACUGUUUUGUUUUUUCAAACGUGUGUGUGUGUGUGCAUAGAGAUAAAAAACAUGUUCUAUCUGUUUGUGUGUGUGUGCACACUUGUGCGUGUGUGCGUGUGUUAUUGAUUUGAUCAGUGUUGGGAGGAUAUACAACAACUGUGCAAUACACAGCUCCAGUCCUGUUCCAGUCCUGGCUGUGCCUCUCCCAUUUCCUCCAGACUGGUUUCCAGUGAGCCUGAGAAAUGGAUCCAGAGUUCCAGACGUCUUGGUCAGCUCCAGAUACACAACCCCAUACUGUCAGCCUAUAUAUAGACAAGCCCUGACUGGGGUGUGGAACUGCCUGUCCUGGUCCCUGUGAAUGAUCAGAUAUAGUAUACUGUGAGAUCAGCUAUAAGCCUGUGGGGAGGACUGGGGAAGAAAAGGGGGAUGGGUAGCUAGAGAGAGGAAGGGAGGAGCCAGUCCAGAGGGGAGGGGUUACAAUGGUCUAUGUGACGGCUACAUCGCUUUGACUUCCCCCCCAAUCAGCAAACGUAUCUGUGUGACAAAAUGGCUCUUUCCCCAGUGUGUGUGUGUGUCUGUCUGUGGGGAAGGCAGCACUGCUCUGUGCUGUCCUCCUUAUCUGAGAAGCCUCUCUCCCUCCUCUCGUCCCUCUGUGCUGGUAACUACCGUUUUCUGUGCCAAGAAAGACUCUUGUGUUACAGCAAGGUCUCUGUUUUCAGUCUCCCUCUCCCUUACAUACUUACCAGCUCUCCCCUUACGAGAGAGAGACUGUAUAUAGUAGUGCUGUAUAGCUUGUUUUGGUUAGAUUUCUUUUUGACUGUAGAGGAUGAUUUUUUUUAGACACCAGCCUAAUAUAUUAUAUAAACCACUGGGCAUCUGACUAGUGUAAUAAUGAUUAGAUUUUAAUUUAUCGGAUUUGUGACUGGAUUGAUUUUAUUGUUAUUUUUUCGUUUUUUAUUUUUCUCUUGCUGGUGUCUUUCUUUGUUCUUUUUAACUAGUAUUUUAAAACAUAUGUCAAGAUGCUAGCCAUGUUUUUAAUUUCAUUUGAUUUGAUUAUUAACGUUGAAAAACACAACGGUCUGUCUGUGAGGCAUCUAGCUAACUUUGGGUGUGGUUUUUCCUACUUGCGACAACUUUGGAAAUCUCCUAUACAGUAUCCUCUGUCAAAACAUGUUUCACUGUCUGCUGUAACAGUUUUAUUAUAUGGGGAAACGUAAUACAUUUUUCAGAGAUAUGACAUUCGUUGCAUAAUGCUAAUCAAAAAUACUUGUUGUUUUGCACUUCAUAGAUAAUGACUACUGUGUCUGUGAUAUAAUAGUGAUGCAGAGAGUAGAGCAGUGAUGGUAGAAUUACCUCUGAGCUAUGACCUAUGACCCGAAGGGUCUUUUGGUGUAAUCCUGGGUCAUUGGGCUACAGGAUGUCUCUUCACUGGGGGGUGGGUAGCAGUGGAGGCUGGUGGGAGGAGCUAUAGGAGGACAGGCUCAUUGUAAUGUCUGGAAUGGAAUUAAUGGAACGGAGUCAAACAUUUCCAUGUGUUUGAUACCAUUCCAUGUAUUGCAUUCCAGCCAUUACAAUGAGCCUGUCCUCCUAUAGCUCCUCCCACCAGCCUCCACUGGUGGGUAGGUAGGCAGGCACUACAUGUAGGCCUAACCAUAGAAAUAUAAUUACUAGAUUGGUUAUUCUGUAUAUGGCCCUAACCCACAGCGCUGCAUGCCAAGGCAGGCUUUGUUCGGGCCUCUCUGGGGCAGACCCAGGCCCGUUCUGACUGCACUGUGCCAGGCUCCAGUGGGACAGGCUACAGGCCUCAGAGUGCUGGCAUAGGAUCAGUUCUGCCUUUUAGAUAAUACUGAAUAAGAUUAUAUGGACAGGAGAGACCUGAUCCUAGAUCAGCACUCCUACCCUAAGAUGCUUUGUGAAUACGGGUCCUGUCCUCAGGGCUGUGGGUGGACAACAAGCAAGGAACAACUGUGGAGAUUCACCCUCCCAGAACCGAAGAGGGGCGGGUUUCAAUUCUUCAAUCUUGUGAUGUUUUCACUCAAUGUGGAGUACAAAAAAAAGUUAAAAGUUACUGUUACUUAGUAGAUUUUUGCACUCGUCGAUGACUACCUAUCUGUGCAUGCUCAUCACCAUUUAUAUACAUGUAAGUACCUUUCUCUCAGACGUACUGUUAAAUACUAAUUAUAUUUAUGUGAAGGUCAUGUGACAAAAAUCAUAUUUUUUAGCGUAUAUCAGAUGACAGUUUUAUGUCUGUGCUUUCUUGAACACGAGAGAGAGAUAAGGACGGUUGUAUAAGAGACACGGUAGAGAACUGUAGGGGGUGUCAGGGGAUAGGGUCCAAAACAGGCCAAAAGGCCCACAAAUAACCUGUUGGAGUUGCUUGUGACAUCAUCAGAUUACCCAAAUACUGUACCCCCUGCCAGUUUGGAAGGAAAUCUCUAUGAAAUUACUAAAGAUCUAGAUCUUCAUGUCUGUGUUUAUAAAGAUGCUAUGAACAAAUUAGGGUGAGAUUUUACACAUACUACUGUUCCGUCAAGUUCGUUUCCCCCCCCCUGGGCAGCCCCAUUAGUAAACACCCCUCCUGUCUGGGUUUGACAUGUCCUUGACUUGUCCACUCCUGAAUUGGCUUGCCUUCACACUGUUCCAUUCGGGGCAUCCGACGGGGGUGGUAUUGGUUUUCACAGAUGUGACUGUGCAGUGACGCAGCAUGCCUAUGUAUAGAACUAUGUUUCCCCUGAUUAGAAGAACAAACAGUUAACUCUCAGAUUCUGUAACCCAUUCAGGCAAACGUUCAAUAAAGUGUCAUGUUUGUAGUUAA